AUGAAUAUUUUGGCUGGGGUACUCUGGGUUCUGGGUUCUGGCUUCAAAGCUCUUCUUUUGUGCAGCGUCUUGGCACUGAGCCUCGCUUUCUGCAGCGCUGCGCUCUAUGUUAGCCAUCGGAUAGCGUUCCCCCCGUGGCACGAUCCUCGCCCUGGAUCGUCAAGUUUAACCCAAAAGCGGAUGCCAGAGGCCUGGGCUGGUUUCACACUUGAUCCCUAUACCUCGCUGGGUCUCCAGUUUGAGUCGGUCGCGUUCCGGAGUCGCUCUGGCAGAUGGCUCCGAGGCUGGUGGGUACCCGCUCCCGUUGAGCCGCCAGCACCCAUAGGCGUCGUCUGCGUCCACGGUGGUGGCAGGGACCGACGUGCAUUCAUGCGGCAGAGCGUACUCUUUCAUCGGAGAGGGUGGUCAGUCUUACUUUUUGAUUGCACGGGACACGGUACUUCUGAUGCACGUCACCGAUUUCCUUUGGGUGCUUGGCCAGGAGCGGCUAUCACCUACGGAACGCUGGAGUGGAGUGACGUCAUUGAUGCGCUACGCUACACGUAUGAGCGUAUACGAGAGCAGGCUCAAAGAAGCGCUGCUGCUUCCUCUGUGCGUAUUCGCGUGGCACUCGUGGGCACCAGUCAAGGUGCCGUGAGUGCUGCAUACGCCGCUGCCUACCUGACGAGGCGCUUCGAGCAGGGUGACGGCGCAGCUUGUCCACCUGUGGAUGUGCUGGUUCUCGAGAAUCCGUUCACGAGUCCAUUAGCACUGUUUGCCCAUCUGGCCAGUCACGUGGCGAUGCCAGUGGCUCGCUACGGAUCUCGUUGGUGCUUCCUUCGCCAUGUGGUCCGUUUUUGGGUCAUGACCUGCACCACAUUAGCGCUCUUCCGAACGGGAAAUGUAGCCUUGACGUGUCGUAUGCUGGCAAAAGCAUGCGAGCGAGAAGGUCAACCUUACAGGUGUGCGUGGUGGCAAGGCAUCGCUACCCUCGGGCAGCUGUUAUCGGUAUCGUUGUCGUUGUCGUCGUCGUCGUCGUCGUCGUCUCGAGAGACGCCUCCAGCUGGCGGUUUCGAUUCUGUGGCGGAGGCAGUUCAGGCGUUGAAGUGCCCAGUUUUCUUUAUGCAUGGAAUGAAAGAUUGGAUCGUACCGUACAAGCAUUCAGUACAGCUCUAUAAGGCAGCUAAUGAGCCGAAAGAGCUCUGGCUGAGUGCUGAAGCGGGUCACACGAUGAUGUAUCACUGUGAGCCGGAUACCUUUGAAACGCGAGUUUGUGGUUUUAUGGAGAGGUACUUGAGGGGAUCGAUGUGA